GGGUGGGGGGCCAUGGCGGGGCAGGAGGACCCGGUGCAGCGGGAGAUCCACCAAGACUGGGCGAACCGCGAGUACAUCGAGGUGAUCACCAGCAGUAUCAAGAAGAUCGCGGACUUCCUCAAUUCGUUCGACAUGUCCUGCCGCUCGAGGUUGGCCACGCUGAAUGAGAAGCUGACGGCUCUGGAGCGGAGAAUCGAGUACAUCGAAGCGAGGGUGACCAAGGGUGAGACUCUGACCUAGAUCAGUGCGCGAGGCCACUGCUGGGGGAUCUCCUUGAAGAACACGGGCCCGUGUGGGAGAGGCACCAGCAGACUCCAACUCCUUCCUUACUCCUUGUAGAGCGAAAGGGCUUGUUCUUGCUUUUUUGUUUGGAAAAAUGUGGCCUUUGGGCUCUGCCAUUUGCAGCUGGGUGGUAUGGAGUGGGGGAGGAGUCCAAGGGAAACUUCUGAAGAAAGCAUCAGGCAUUUCCUUUUUAACUGACUUUAAAAGGCCGAUUUUUGUCAAAAGCAGCUGAGGAGCCUAAAGCCUUCCCAAGUCCAUGCACUUUCCUCUUCCCCACUCCCCACCAUCCCCUCCUCAGCCCCUCUCUUCAAGUCUCUGGUUUGUGACGGCUGAGCAUCCUUUCAACUGAACCUUGCGUCUUUGUUUCCAGGACCAUCCAUGUCUCAUGCUUAGUGUUAGUGGGGAGUGCAGGGCUCCAUUUUGGGGUGCAUGGGCUGGGGACCUGCCCUUGUCUGCAGGUCCCUGGCUGGGGUGAGGUAGCCACUGUGGAAUGUUGCCAACCUGCCAGUUUCUUGUUUUUUGAGGUGAGGUGGGGCUGGGCCCCUGCUUGGUUUGAGGGGGCCCUUUUCCAAGUUUUCAUUUCUCUUUGUCAAGUGGGGUGUCUCUACCUAUCAUGCUUCCACAAUAAACUUCUCAACUUUA